CUUGGGAAGGAGGCGCUGCUGGUGAACCUGGCCAUGGAGUUCGGCACCUGGGUGGUGGUGAGCCCUUGGCGCCUGGAACAGAUGCAGCUGCUGGAGCUGCCCGACGUUUUCACCACUGAGGAGGGGGCCGGCUGGAUCCGUGCCGUGGAUGUUGCUGAGAUCUGUCACGAUAACCUCGUCAGCUGGAACGCGCUGUACCCUACCAUCGCCAUCCUCCCAACCGGCAGGCCCGUAAAGGUCACCCACCCCAACAUCCACCCCAUUCCAUACUCAGACCACUCAUCCUUUUCAGAGCUGUGUGAGUUCGUGAAGUGGCUGAAACCCUGCUCGGUCAUCCCAAUUGUGAAGGGCAGCAUGUGCCAGGAUUACUUCCAAGAAUACUUAAGUUCUGCUCCCCAGGCACUUCCCAACCUGGAAAUCCCAAAGCCUGUGCAAGAGACUGCAUGUCGGAAACGCAAACGGAGGGGGUGCAAACCCACGUGUGUCACGAAAAGAGCUGCCCAGCUCUCUGUGUCCCGAGGAGUCGUCUACGAGUCCCCUGAGAAAUGCACUGAUGCGUCUGAAGAGUUGGCGGGUGUUGAGGUUCCUCGGCAGAACCGCUGCGAGUCAGCUUUGUGCUCCAGAGAAGGCUGCGCUUGUCACGCGGGCAGGCGGGAGGAGGGCAGGCGGGAGGAGGGGGGGCAGGAGGAGCCGAGCGAACAGCUGGGCGCAGCGAGGGCAGGUAGCGCUGGCAGCCAGGCAUCUGUGUCCGACAGGCACUUGCCAACUGGUUUGGCUCAGCAGUACUUACUCACUCCCUUACAUGUCCUAAAGCAAUUCUCCGCUCAGAGUUUUGACAAGGCGGUAGAAGACUUUUUCCGGAGAACAGGAGCGCCCUGA